AUAUAAACCUCUGGUCUGGUUUUUGGUCUUCAAUAAUUUUUGAGGACUGCUAAUUGUUUAUUUUUAUAUUUUUUUGGAUAAAGGACGAUAUAUCAAGAUUUUCCAUUCUGGGUUCUUGAUUUUUCUGUUUAAUUUUUGCAUCACUAUUGCAGAAAAGAUUUAUCUCAAAGUCUCCUGCUUUUCAGUUUUUUAAUCUAUUUCAGUGUUAUGUGCAGAUUCUUUCCUAAAGAAUCCAAAAAGCGUAAGCUGGUCUGCAUAUAGUUGGUAAAGUUUCCAUUUUUUGACCUCUAGGAGUUUCAGAAUUCAAACAUGACGAUUGGAAGCAUUAAACCUGUAAAAGAGAAGAAAUCAAGAAAGAGCAAGCAGCCAGUGGUAGAUGACCAAUCACCAUUAUUGCCAACAAAGCAUCAGGAAGAUGGCGGAUUCGAUGAGUUCAAUGGGGCUUCAUUUAGUGGGGCUGUAUUUAAUUUGUCAACUACAAUUGUCGGUGCUGGAAUCAUGGCCUUACCUGCAACUAUGAAGGUGUUGGGACUCAUUCCUGGGAUUAUUAUGAUCAUCUUGAUGGCUUUCCUCACAGAAGCUUCAGUUGAGUUGUUAAUCAGGUUUAGUAGGACUUCAAAAUCAGUUUCUUAUGGAGGUCUUAUGGGCGAUGCUUUUGGAAAAUAUGGGAAGAUGUUGCUUCAAAUAUGUAUACUUGUUAAUAAUAUUGGUGUUCUUAUUGUAUACAUGAUUAUCAUAGGUGAUGUGCUUUCUGGAACAACUUCAAGUGGAACCCACCAUGCUGGUGUCCUGGAAGGUUGGUUCGGAGUUCAUUGGUGGAAUGGACGAUUCUCUGUUCUUCUUGUGACCACCCUUGGCGUAUUUGCACCAUUAGCUUGCUUAAAGCGUAUAAAUUCAUUGAGAUAUACAUCUGCAUUAUCAGUCGCCCUGGCUGUUGUAUUUCUGGUCGUAACUGUGGGAAUCACCAUAUUCAAGCUGAUAAAUGGAUCAAUUCUUAUGCCCAGAUUGCUUCCCAGUUUUUAUGAUCUGACGUCAUUCCUCAAGCUCUUCACAGUUGUUCCUGUACUGGUCACUGCAUACAUCUGUCACUAUAAUGUUCACUCCAUAGAAAAUGAACUUGAAGACAGCAGGCAGAUCAGAGCAGUGGUACAAAGUGCGCUAGCUCUUUGCUCAAGUGUGUAUGUGCUGACAAGCAUUUUUGGAUUUCUCCUAUUUGGCGAUGCAACUCUUGAUGAUGUGCUUGCCAACUUCGAUGCUGAUCUUGGAAUUCCAUUUGGCUCCUUGCUUAAUGAUGUUGUGCGUGUCAGCUAUGCUGCCCACUUGAUGCUCGUCUUUCCCAUUGUUUUCUACCCACUGCGGCUUAACUUGGAUGGCCUUGUGUUUCCUUCUGCAAGGCCUCUAACCCUGGACAAUUUGAGGUUUGCUUUAAUCAGCGGUGGCCUCAUUGCCAUCAUCUUUUUGGGGGCGAAUUUCAUCCCAAGCAUCUGGGAUGCUUUCCAAUUCACUGGAGCAACUGCUGCUGUUUGCAUAGGGUUCAUAUUUCCUGCUGCUGUUACUCUCAGGGAUCGGUAUGGCAUAGCAACUAAGAGGGACAAGAUCUUGUGUAUUUUUAUGAUUGUCCUUGCUGUCUUUUCAAACCUGGUGGCCAUAUAUAGCGAUGCCUAUGCCUUGAUUAAAAAAAAUUCAUCACCACGUGAGUGAUUCCUCAUGCUCCUGUGCGACAGGAGGAAUUGGACGUAUCAGUUGUACUCAUGGUGAAGUUAGGGUGAAGGCAGGAUGAUACUGGCUCAGGAACUGGUGCUUUUCGUUGAAGCUGCUAGAGUCUAGUUCUAAUAGGUUUAUAAAUACUGCUAAAUAUCAAAAUUUGAGUAGCCUUGCUCAACAUAAAUCAAGACAUGGCUACAGUCUACAGUCUUUUACGGUUUCCGGUGGAGUUUUGUCUUACAUAUGAGAUGAUGAUGUAUAAAUUGCAAGUUCAACUUGGAUUGGCUUCAGUUCUGUGUGUUGAUUUUUCUGUAUUCGUUUCCCCAGGUUGGGUUUGAUUUUUUCA